AUGUGUCAAGUUGUGAAACAAGCAAGUGAAGCAUGGGACAAGUUAAAGGUAAUUUAUGAAGGAACAUCUCAAGUUAAAUAUAUCAAAAUUGGCAUUUUGGUAAGUAGGUAUAAAUUAUUUCAAAUGGAAGAAGGAGAAUCUAUUCAUGGUAUUGUUAAAAAAUUUGACAAAACAAUCCAUGGCUUGAAAAAUCUUGGCAAAACUUUUACAAGUGGAAUCUAAGGAAGCAACAUUGACUAAUGAUUGAAUGGCUAAGAAAAUAUUGAUUGUAGAAUCCAAAGAUUUAAAAAUUAUUUGAUUUAAUGAAAUUAGUGAAUCAUUAAUAAUGCAUGAGAUUGAUGUAGCUAAGAGUAAAUCUCUUUCAAAAAAUAAAAGUAUAAAAAUUACUCUUAAAUUUGUUGAAACAUCUGAUGAUGAUGACAAGAUUAUGUUAUUGUCUAGACAAUUGAACAAAUGUGAAAAAGAAAGAAAAACUUUUUUGCGUAAAGAAAGUACAAAUAAGUUUUCUAAAAAUUCUAAUAAUCUGUGUUUCGAGUGUAAGAAAUAGUUCACUUUUAAGUUGAUUAUCCACUAUUGAAAAAGAAAAUUUUCAAACCAAGGGCAUCAACAAUCUAUCACUUUCUGAUAAUUAUAAAAUAUAUUUGAGAAAUUUUAUUUAUAUGCUUAUCCAUAUGACAAAUAUGUGAUAUAAAGUUUUAUUCCUCUACAUAAUCGACACAUAAAAUUUGUAUGAACACAAAUCAAUAAUGUGUUUCAAAAACAAGUGUUCAAGUAUACAAAAAUACAUUCAAGCAUUCAUUGCUCCCCCCAAAUAAGUGUUCCCCUUAAAAGAUUGUUGAAACAUAGAUUCAAAUUCUAUGACGAAGAAUAAUGAUGAAAAAUAUUUAAGAAAUAUUAGAAUGCUAGAUUGGAGAGUGUCCUCUAUUUGUGAGCAUUUAGUUUUCAUGAUUUUUACUUGAAAUUCCUUUAGAGUAAUAUCCUUUGUAGGUUUUGGUUUUUGAGGGAUGGAGACCUUUAAGUAGAUGAUUUGGAUUUCUUCUUUGGCAGAGAUACUUCACUAGGUAUUUGGUUGAUGAUGGAAGAAUUAGUGUUGGGGUUGAGAAAUGUGAGUGUUAUUGCAUCAACAGUACAUCAUCUAUGACAUACAAGAUUGGUGCAAAAGUAAAUUAAUUAAUUCCUUUCACUCAUCAGGGACAUAAAUUUUAUGUUUGACAAAGAGAAGCUUUUUAGUUUCAUUGUAUGAUUAGAGCCUUGAGUGCUGAAAAUGAGUUCCAUUCUCUCUUGCUAUCUUUCAUUUGUCAUAAUACAAGAAAACUUGCUCUAAGACCCACUCUCAUGUUCGUGGACGUAAAAUGUACCUCUCUUGUUGCAUUAUAUGGGUUCUUGAUUGUUUGUCUAAUGGUCAAGUAGCCUUCUUCCCUCUCUCGAGUUUCACAAAAGUUUUGCUCAAAAAAGAAACUCAAAUUUUAAGAGGGAACCAUAUCUUUGUCACUUUCACUUUGCACAACAUGAUUGUAGGAGAUGA